AUGAAUGUUGCAAAUAUAGGAGGAGAAGAAUUUAUCCUAUGUAAAACACAAGAAAAGAAAUGGUGGAGAAUUCAUUUAUUGUUGGUGUGCAAAGGUUGGUUUGACUACAUUAGAGAAAACUUGAUCAACUUUUGCAAUUAUGAUCUAGCUCUAAAUUUAGAUCUUUAUUUUUCUUCUCCAUGGUCUCUUUUCAACCAUUCAUAUCCUCAAAUUGUAAAAUUGGGUACCGAGUCUUUACAAAAGAUUUAUUUAUUAAAGAAUGACAAAGACAAUAGCCAUAAUCAAACAGAUUUUUUUGGAUCAGUAAAAGAAAUGGAAUUUUUUGAAACAGACACAACAACAACAUCAGAAUCACAAUGUAAUUUCUUAUUUUCAAAUAUUAAAACAAAUAUUAAAAACUUGUGUAUUAUAAUUGGAGGAGAUAUGGAAUCUUCACCACUUUUAGAAUAUAUAAUAAGUAAUGAAAUAGAAUUUCCAAGUUUAGAAUCUUUUUAUUUUGGUUGUUUCAAUGAUAAAAUAGAUUAUAGAAAAUUGGAAGGAUUGAAAAUGCCAAUGUUAAAAGAGUUUGGGUUUAUAACUGGACAUGUUGGUCAAGGUACUUUUAUUGGGUUUAACCAAUUGGUCGAAAGUAAAUGGAAAAAUACUUUGGAACGUCUCUCAUUGACAGUCAAUAGUUUGGCUUAUGUAGACUCUUAUCCAAUUGAAACUAGUUUAAAGAUUUGGAAAGGAAUGCCAAAGUUGAAACGGUUAGUCAUAAGCCAAAUAGUCAAACAAGGUGAUGGUUUUGAAUGUUACUAUUUCAACAAUGUGGAUCAAGCAAAGGUAUUUAAUGAAUUGGGUCUCUCUGAUUUGAAAUUACCUGAGCCAUCAAUACAAUACCUUGAAACAUUGGCUUUUUCACCGAAAUUGGAGAAACUAUCAAUUGUGGAUCCACAGCCAAGUCCCUCCAGGAUCAAAAUCACUCCAUCUUUACGUUCCCUUUCAUUGUAUGAUCAGUCUUUUUUGCCUGCCAAUAUCCAAGACUCGAAUCUUUUUCUUAAAAAAGUUAAACUUGAAUCUUGUUCAAUGGAAGUUAUAGAACAGUUUCUUAGACUUGCCAAUCAAUUAAAAGUUUCAGAUAUCGCCAUUUCAUUUGACAAAUUUCAAGACAAUGAACAACAACAACAAGAUAAAACAUCAAUAUGUUUAAGACUUGUCAAUCUACUCCUUGACAAACAAGUUUUUAAAGAAAUUACGUUUAGAAUUUUAUGUUCCACCACAAGACAUACUUUUGAAAGUUUAUAA